CCCCUCAGAGACCACCUGUUGCAAAAGUGGCACCUAAAGUGGCUCCUGCUGGCACCAAGAAGCCAGGGAUGGGAGGGGCACCAGAGGAGAGGGCGGAGCUCCUGAAUGAGAUUGAGAUGCUGAAAUCUACCAUUCAGGACAUGGAAAAGGAAAGAGACUUUUAUUUUGGUAAGUUGAGGAACAUCGAGCUGAUUUGCCAGGAGAAGGAAGGCGAGGGCGACCCCACCCUGCAGAGGAUCAUAGACAUCCUCUAUGCAACAGAUGUGUGUGUGUGUGAAGACAUGGUGAAGUUGUGUGUGCGGUAGUUUUUGUGUUUAAACUCGAUUGGAUCCAGAUGAAGAACCUGUAAAAGUCCAGCUUUAUGUUCCAACCUGAGAGGUUUGUUUGAGUCUUGUGGUGCUGCAGCCGUUCUGUGCCUCUCCUCUUCACAGUGGAUUGAAUUGUGAGGAACACGUGGCUUUGGAACCGUGCCCACACAUAUUUAACAAUCACUUUGUAUUUUUUUGGUAACUGGUUGUGUUUUUACCCUGAAACAAACAUAAAGGUUAUUUAAGAAGCAACAUGAACUGUGCCGGCCCUGACUGGCCGGUGUCACUGAGCUGAGAAGACUCUCAGAGGGUCCAGGUUCAGUCUGGACCCUGGAACCGUCUGCUCUUUGGGCCUGUUGAGAGCAGCUGUGCCACUGAGGACUAACAUUCUUUUCCAUCAUCCUUUAGUUGGUCUUUUUAAAGGUUUUUGGUCUCUUUCACCUUUUUUUUUUACCAUUAAACGAGUUUUUAUUUUCUUUUGCACCUGUUGGUUUCUGUGCAGGUACCUGAGGCGUGGAACAAGAAUGUUUGGUCCUUUUCAGUUUUCACAGCCCGCUUUCGUCCACAACACCCUGACAUAUACAUUUCAGACUUCCUAAAAGUGCAAUUCUGAACUCCCGUCUCCUGUUGGCGUUAAAGUGAAGUGAGGUUUUAGGUCUUUCCUAGACACGAGCCCUCUGACCAACAGUUCCCAUUAAAAGUGCUAAAAAGUUUGUUGCUGAUGACCAGGGAUUGUUUUCUACCUGUUUUUAAAUGUGUCCCACCAGUAGCCCUUACACUGGUUUGAUUGUUGCAAAGCUGCAGGAAGUGAGCAGCCACUCCAUGAACACUGUGAGCACUCCAUGCUGCACAUCCAGGAAACCCAGAACUACAUUAGGAUUGACAGAUUUUAAUCAGAUUCUUGUGUUUUUGUGCUUCUGACUUGAUCAGUACAUUAUCAUCAGAGCCUYUCUCAAUGGCCUUAUUCAUGUUUCUCAUUAGAUUAGUUUUCCCUCUGUUUUUCUGCCUACAUUGCACAUGCUCCUUGUGUUUUAGAAAUCAACAGUAUUGGAGGUGUUUCAGGCCAGCGACAGCACAUCAUCAGUCUUCCACUAAAGGAUUACAAAAACUUCACACUUUUUAAAAUGUCUGAAAUUUGGUUCAAUCAUCUUUAGGUCUAGAAAAGUAUUGAAAAGAAUGUUUGUUUCUGUUCACCAUUUAAUUUUCUCCAAGAAUAAAUUCCAAUUUUCUAAAACCUGUU